AGGCGAUACUGACGAUAAAGCGAGGAACAGUCAUUGAUCCUGAGCGUGUCAAAUGUCCUCCCUUCUUAUAGGCUACACUUGACUGAAGGCCGCGGUCUUUGAUACUCAUAAGAGUCGUCAGGUUCCUAAGUAUCUUGGUAGCUGAUUGAACCCUGGAAGAAGGAAGCUAGUGAUGCCGGCGAAGGCUAGGCUAAGCGAACUUGCGCAGCAAAGAACAACUUGCUGAGCCUUCUUGAUGACUCAUGAGCCCACCAGAGUCCCAGCAGUCUGGAUUCAAAAGCGUUGUCAUAUGGAAGUAUCAAAGGCUUAUUUCAAGUCGAGCAAGUCGAAAAAAGAACUGGACUGGCAUAAAGAGACACGGAUAAACGGCUGUAAGUAGUUGAAGUUCGCGGCUAACAUGUUUAUUUCCGGGCCGUGAUGCGGCAUGUUGUACAAGCAGCGACUGGUACUAUGUCGGCCCUCCGAGGGGGGAGAACGAACGACAGGGUAAAAACAUUCCAUAUUGGGUGUUCGGAGACUGAUAGGUGAAGGAAACUGAAGUUGCCGUUCGUCGUCGUUUGGGACAGCAUUCAUUCUCUUCCCUUACCACUAGGUGGCUACACGCAGGAUGUACCAGACAUCGCGGUUGCCAGCCAGCAAUAUCUUACGUCGACCUUUCCAGGCCGUCGGUAAACCAAUUCUCCUUUACCUUUUAUACUCUUUUCUUUCGUUCCAGCUUCCUUACUCGGGCACCGGGCCCCCGAAUAUUUUUCUCCACUCCUGAAAUCCCCCAACUCUCGAGUCCGGUGUCCACCGACGCCCAUGAUUGCCAACCACUGCUGUCCCUGACCCCUCUCGGAGGCUAGAUUCGUAAAAGGUUCCCCAGCAGCUGACAGAACGUUCGAUGGUGUCACGGUUUCGUCAACAAAAAAUCGUGACGUUUGACAGCCAGGAUGAUUCCGCACCAACAUCGGGCAUCCUCGGCACGCCCCUCAACUGACCAAUCAGAGGUCUUCCUGGUGACUAACCGCCAAGGAUAGGGGUCCUCGAUGCUUGAUGAUGUGUUUGCCGUUCUUCAACAGCUUAUAUCUUCCAAAACGGGCAGUGUAACUCGUCGCGCGUAACCUUGAUUUUCGUCAAUUUGAGACACGCAGUUCAAAGUGUUUGCGCAAAUCGUCGAGAGACAAAAAUGUCCACAGCACCCCCAGACACCGAAACCGAGACGGCGCCCUGGUACGCCGCCUACCCCGAGCCUCAGUCGGACCUGAUGAACAUCUCGCGCGCAGAGGUGCUGGAGAUGCUCAAGGGCUCGACGGGUGAAACGGCCGGCAAGGAUUUCGUGCUAGUCGAUUUGCGAAGAGACGAUUGCAAGGGCGGCACAAUCCGCGGCUCAAUCAACCUCCCCGCGCAGUCAAUGUACCAGACUCUCCCGACGAUCUAUGACAUGUUCAAGGCGGCGGGGGUGAAGAAGGCCAUCUUCUACUGCGGCACUUCGAGAGGCCGUGGUAGCCGUGCCGCGCGCUGGUUGUCGGAUUACCUCGUCAAAAUAGGCGAUGACUCGAUUCAAAGCUUUGCUCUGUUUGAGGGCAUCAAGGGCUGGGCAAAUGCGGGGCCCGAGUAUGUCGAGUUUAUGGAUGAGCACGACGGGUCGGUUUGGGAGAGGUUGAAGAGCCAGUGAAGGACGCGGAGGCGGGAUUGGUGGAUGACGGCCGGGGGUGGUUCGUCGAUGGCGGUGGUGGUGGUGGUUGUUGAUGGUCGAGAGGGGUGUGGGGAGAUGUGGGAGAUGUUGAAGAGGGACGCGGAGGAGGCGGUUGGGACGUUGCCUGUGCUUGGUUGAGGGGACUGGUUUUGGGUGGUGGACAUGAUUGAUGUGUGUUGAUGAUGGGAAUGAGGGCAUUCAGGGGUGGUUGUUUACAGCUUCGUUCACAAACAACGGGAGCAUUGACAAAGCAGAAGGGAAUCAACACAGAUAUAAAUUCCCGAUCCCAAAAGACAGGGACAUGGAUUAUGUUUCCAUGACUGCAUAAAGUCGAAAAUCGUAUGAGGCGAGUUUGGACUUCUUGGACUCCAUUCGCUCACCGCACAAAUCCAUCACAUCUGUUGGGCUUCAA